AUGGACCAACAACGUGACGUAAAACGUAUAACUCUAGACUUCCAUUAUAAUGACGAGAAUAAAGAAACAUUUUCGUUUUUGAGAGGAAUACAACGUGUUGUUUCUCUCCUACUUUAUUACUUAUGUAUGCGACAGAAAUUGGACAAUUUAACAUCGUCUAACGAAUCAGUAAUAGUGCAGAACAACCGCACACAACGCAAAUUAAAUAGUUUCCAAUUGAUUAUCAUUGGUUUGGGAGGUAUUAUAGGCUCAGCCAAACAUGUUAGUAGAGACAAUUAUUAUCCACUUUUCCCAAAAAAUCAAGGAGCAUUUGCUAGUUUUGGUGUCACCGGCAUGCUUCAUGGAGCAACGGUUGUUUUUUUUGCCUAUAUGGGGUUUGAUGCAGUAAGUACAGCAGCCAAAGAUAGCGAAGAUCCUAAAACUACAACUAAAACUGGUAUCCUGGGUUCGCUAGCAAUAUCAGUAUUAAUAUAUAUUCCAGUUAUUGUGAUCCUUGUGGGCAUCGUACCAUAUCAACAAUUAUCCGUUCCUUAUUCGUUAGCAUUUGCAGCUAAUUAUAUUGGAAUGAAAUGGUUAGCGAUAGCUAUUACAGUUGGAGCAUUAUGUUCGACAGCAUCAGCUUUGCUUACCCAGUUGAUAGCUCAACCAAGGAUCUUUGUCGUGAUGGCUACUGAUGGAUUCUUACCACAAUUUUUUAAGAAUGAAAAACUAGCAACAUGUAUGACAGGUAGUUUAUUAUCGAUUUUAAACAGUAUUCUUCCAGUUAAUGUAUUAAGUGAAAUUUCAGCUGUUGGAACGAUAAUUACUAUUAUUUUCGUUCAUUUAGCUGUAAUUAUUAUGCGAAGACUAUUUCCAACUAAUGAUGAUCUUCCUCCUCAGUUUCGACGUACAUUUAAGAUAUGGGGUGGUGAUUCAAAGCCCACGCUUAUUCAUAUGGCGAUAUGGACAGGACUGGGAAUAUUAAUUUACUUUGUAUUUGGAAUAAGGUACUCUAAAUUACGUAAACGGCAUCCGUUGCCAAAAUUACGAGAAACAUAA